CCAUCCCCCCCCCCCCCCCCGCCACUGUCCUCUUGGACUGGGCAGGUCUGGGCUGGACUGCAGGAGGGACAGUCAGAUGGAGGUGACAGGGGCCCAUCACUCAGCACCGUGAGUGGUGACAGCCAAGAGCCUGCUCUGCUCUCAGCUCUCAGGAGGCCUGAGCCCACGCCUCCCGAAUGGUGGACACCCGGGUGUUACAUGUCAGGGGCCUGAGGGUCACUGGAAUGUGGCUGGAAUCUGGGCCCGGUCCUCCCCGAGCCCAGGCAGGGGCUGCCAAGUUUGGGUCUGUCCUCUCCUCCUCUCCUUAUUUGGUGCUGCAGGUGAUAAGGCUGAGACAUAAGGGAGGCUGCGGGCCCCUCGGCCACCAGGCUGCCACUGAGAGAGGAUGGUGAGGGCCAGGGUGGGGCAAGGGCAGUGGCACCCUGGGGCUGUCCUUGGGGUGGGAGAGCAGGGCAGCGACUUCUGUGCCUCCAGGGGUGGGGAGAGGACCCUGACCCCAGGUCUCCUGGGAAGGCUCUGGGGUGUGCAUGGGGCAUCUUGGGGGAGCCCUGGAGAGGACCCCUCCCCACCCACAAUGUUGCAGGCCAGCAGGAAGGCGGGGACCCGGGGCAAGGCCGCGGCCACCAAGCAGGCCCAGCGAGGCUCUUCCAACGUCUUCUCUAUGUUCGAGCAGGCCCAGAUCCAGGAGUUCAAGGAGGCCUUUAGCUGCAUUGACCAGAACCGUGACGGCAUCAUCUGCAAGUCGGACCUUCGGGAGACCUAUUCCCAGCUGGGUGAGCACACCCCCUCCCACCCGUGUGCCCCCUGCUCACUCUGGGAGCCCGCUGAGGGGGGACAGGCCUCCUCCUCCCUGCACUCCCCACCUCCCCCACCCACAGCUGCCUCUGGCUCUCCACCUCUGGCUGGAAGGAGGGGAGGGCAGCCUGAGCCCUGCCUGGGACACCUGGUCCCUGUACCCACCCCUGCCCCCCCACCCCCAGGGAAGGUGAGUGUCUCGGACGAGGAGCUGGAUGCCAUGCUGCAGGAGGGGAAGGGCCCCAUCAACUUCACCGUCUUCCUCACGCUCUUCGGAGAGAAGCUCAAUGGAACAGACCCCGAGGAAGCCAUCCUGAGCGCCUUCCGGAUGUUCGACCCCAGUGGCAAGGGCGUGGUGAGCAAGGACGAGUUCAAGCAGCUGCUCCUGACCCAGGCAGACAAGUUCUCUCAGGCCGAGGUGGAGCAGAUGUUCGCCCUGACGCCCGUGGACCUGGCUGGGGACAUCGACUACAAGUCCCUGUGCUACAUCAUCACCCACGGGGACGAGAAAGAGGAGUGACGGAGGCUGCGGCGAGACUCAGGGCGAUGCUCUGGCACCUCAAUAAACGCCAUUUCCCAGGAGCCCUGUGUGGUGGCCUCUCUGUGAUAGGGGUGUGUG